AGCUUCCACCGACGGCAGAGGGGACGUAACACACCUUCUUUCCGCUCCUGCUUUCCUUCCCCUUCUCUCCCGCCUUCCCCUUAUUCAUACCAGAAGCGCCUCAGCUCUGAUUGGCUGGAGCUCUGUCUAUCUCAGCCAAUCACAAGCCGGGCUGUGCUCCUACGCUAUGUAAAGAGCGAAUCGUGCAGAGACCGUGUCUACGAUUGGUCUCUCCUUGACAAGGAUUUAAUUUUGAAUUUUUCUUUAUGGCGUGGGAGAGGCCACAGCCCGGACUCCAUCGACUGCCCCGGCUCUUAGACUAAAAUCAUGCCCAAGUUCAAACAACGAAGACGAAAGCUAAAAGCCAAAGCCAAAAGAUUAUUCAAAAAAAAAGAAGCCUCCCACUUUCAGUCCAAGCUAAUUACAUCUCCUCCUCCACCACCCUCGCCAGAAAGAGUCAUUAUUUCUUCAAUAGAUAUAUCUCAAAGCAGAAGCUGGCUAAGAUCAUCCUGGAACUUCAAAUUUCCUAACAUCAGAGAUGCGAUAGAACUUUGGACAAAUAGAGUGUGGUCUAUAUACAGCUGGUGCCAGAACUGCAUAACCCAGAGUUUAGAAGUAUUGAAAGACACCAUCUUUCCAUCUCGUAUCUACCACCGAGAACUUUACAGUCUAAAACAACAGUUUUGCAUUUUGGAAAGUAAAUUAUGCAAGCUCCAGGAAGCACUGAAGACCAUCUCAGAAAGUUCUUCCUGUCCAAGCUGUGGUCAAACAUGUCACAUGAGUGGUAAACUUACAAAUGUGCCUGCCUGUGUUCUCAUCACCCCUGGAGACUCCAAAGCUAUGCUUCCUCCCACGCUGCCACAGCCAGCCAGCCAUCUUCCUCCUCCUCCUCCUCCACCUCCACCUCCACCUCCACCUCCACUUCCACCUCCACCACCUCCUCGACCACCAGUAGCACCUGUGUUGCUCAGAAAACCCAGUCUUGCUAAAGCACUUCAGGUUGGACCAUUAAAAAAAGAUGGACCCAUGCAGAUAACAGUUAAAGAUCUGCUGACUGUAAAAUUAAAGAAGACACAGAGUGUAGAUGAAAGGAGGAAGCUUAUACCAUCGCCGAAAGCACGGAAUCCACUAGUUACUGUGUCUGAUUUGCAGCGUGUUACCCUGAAACCUAACUCCAAAGUGUUAUCAACUCGAGUUACAAAUGUCUUAAUUACUCCUGGAAAAAGUCAGAUGGAUCUGCGGAAACUGCUUAGAAAAGUCGAUGUAGAGAGGAGCCCAGGUGGAACCCCUCUUACCAACAAAGAAAAUAUGGAAACAGGAACAGGACUGACUCCAGUGAUGACUCAGGCCUUAAGGAGAAAGUUUCAGCUGGCUCACCCUAGAAGCCCAACUCCAACUCUGCCACUUUCUACAAGCAGCUUUGAUGAACAAAACUGAUGCCAACUCUGCCUGACUCCAUGUGAUGAUCCAUAAAAAAUGCAGAUAAAAACACCCAGCCAGGCACAGUGGCUCACAACUGUAAUCCCAGCACUUUGGGAGGCUGAGGUG